AAAUUCAAUUUUUUUAAAAGUGUGCAGCAGUGUAAACAACAAGUGCUUUCUCUCUCUAGGUUUUUGCUCUCCAAUUUCUACUUUUCCCCUUUCUCUCUCUAGAUAUUUUUGACUAAUCAAUGUUUUUGCUUGAUUGGUUCUAUGGAGUGCUUGCUUCGCUCGGCUUAUAUCAGAAGGAAGCAAAGAUCUUGUUUUUAGGGCUUGAUAAUGCUGGUAAAACGACGUUGCUUCAUAUGUUGAAAGACGAGAGAUUAGUGCAACACCAGCCUACACAGUAUCCAACAUCAGAGGAGUUGAGUAUUGGAAAAAUUAAGUUUAAGGCUUUUGACUUGGGAGGCCAUCAGAUUGCUCGAAGAGUAUGGAAGGACUAUUAUGCCAAGGUGGAUGCAGUUGUUUACCUUGUAGAUGCAUAUGACAAGGAGAGAUUUGCCGAGUCAAAAAAGGAACUAGAUGCUCUCCUUUCGGACGAGGCUUUGGCUAAUGUUCCAUUUCUUGUCUUGGGCAACAAAAUCGAUAUACCGUAUGCUGCAUCAGAAGAUGAACUUCGUUGCCACCUGGGCCUUGCGAACUUCACCACAGGCAAGGGGAAGGUGAAUUUGGGAGAUUCAAAUGUCCGUCCCCUUGAGGUGUUCAUGUGUAGCAUUGUCCGAAAAAUGGGUUAUGGAGAUGGUUUCAAGUGGCUUUCUCAGUAUAUUAACUAGAGAGGUAUAGGAACAUAAUGUUUACUCAGUUCAUAAUCACAAGUGCUAUGUCAUACUAAAUUGCUUUGAACAUUUGUUCUAGAAUCACAGUUGAAGGAACUUCUGUUGUUUUCAUUUUAAAUCUUAGUAAAAUUACAUGCACAUGCCCUUUUUAUGCA